AUGGUGGAAACACAAGUCGCUCCACCAGCUUUAAACCCCAAACCGACGACAACGGAGACCACCACCAUUACGGCGGUGGGCGAAGCGGAACCAAUUGCUACGUCGACCGAAGAUCAUUACGACCCAUCCGUCCGGAUAUUGCACAUACCGAAACAGACGGACGGGUCCUGCGGAUUUCAUCUAACCCGCAGCAAAUGGGAUCCGUAUCCUUGGGUGAGCGGUGUGGAUGCAGACUCACCGGCCGAGGUGACCGGGUUGAAGGUUGGCGACUGCGUUUUGGAGGUUAACAACGAAGAUGUCCUUGGAAUGCGCAUCGCCGAGGUGGCCGGUAUGGUCCGCUCCAAGGCGGACAUUGUGACACUGCUGCUGUGGAGCACCGGGAUGGAACCGGCCUGCAAUCCGGAAUCGUUGUGCUGCGGCCCGAUGCCGAUCAAUCUCGAACGUCUCACGGCGAGCAUGCAGACGAUCGUGGCCGCACUCGAGUGUCCCGUCUGCUUCGACACAAUCCCACCGCCCGUGUUUCAGUGCCAGAACGGACAUCUGGUGUGCUCUCGGUGCCGAGUGCGUGCGGAACGCUGUGCCAUCUGUCGCGAACGUUACACGAUCGGUCGUUCCUUGCUGGCGGAGCAGGUCUACCAAUCCAUCACGGAGGCGUUUAAUCUGCGCGAAGGCACGGAUGGCAAGCUGCGCGAACGGCUGUUCGGUGCACGGUGUACCCGUCAACCGAAGCGGGCCACAUCGUGCGACAGAAAGAAAAGCCCGUACGGUAGUGACAGCCAUCUGGUGGCCACGGGACGGCCAAUACACUCGCACACGCACAAGUUCCUCGCACGCAUCAUGGGCAAGGCCAGCUCGGUAGAUAACCUCAGCAAGCACCACAGCCAAAACAGCCAGCCACCGGAUGUGGUGGGCGAUCUGCAAGGUUCGAAGGCCAAGUCGUUGUCGCUGUCAUCGAGCGAAAUAUUCAAGCGCGAUAACUCUGUGUCGGUGUUACGUUGUCCGUCGGCGAACCGUUUGGCACCGGAGCUGUCCGGUUCGUACAACAGUCUUACCAUCCGUCGACCGACCUCGUCGAUGUCGUGCAAUGUUUCGGUGGAAAGUUUGAGCAGCAUUCCGGAGAAUGGUAUCCAUCUGACCGUUCCGGUGCGUCCGGCACAGAUGUCAUAUCAUUGCCCUUGUGGCGAAUACUGUAGUGACUUAAUUGCCGCGCCAGAACUACAAGAACAUGUGACCGUGCAUCAUCGGACGCCAGUCAUAUCGUUCGGUACGGCCUCGGCCGAAAUAUCUCUCCCACCGAGAACACCCGUCGAUAAUGCUUGUCUGCUGUUGUUGCUGGAUGGACAUAAAUUUUGGUUAAAGCUAAUCUCCGACACAAGCACCGUUGGUGACAUCUUUCUGUCCGCUUUGCUGGAGGGCAGUUCGGAACAAAGCAAAAACUAUGCGCUGGAGGUUAUUAUCCGUAAGGAAGGGUUCGACCAUAUCCUUGGCAAGGAGCUCAUCUCCCGUUCCGAGGUGUACUCGAUGGCAGAUAAAUCGUGGAACGAUCUGGUAAAUACGAAGUCGGGCGUCUUCUAUACGGGCGUUUGCAUUCGGGCUACCUUUAGCCCUGAUACGGAGAUCUUGCUCAAAGCGUCCAUCAAACGGAUUGCAGAUCUUUGA